CUUGACAAAGAAAAAAAGAACAAAGAACGUAAAUAAAUAAAACUGUUUUUCUUGCUAUUAUAAUUUAUUUCAUUUCAUGUUUCUGAAUUAUUAAAAAUUAAAACUUAAAGUCCGUAUAAAUAAAAUGGUUACCAACGUUUUCGUUUCGUCACCCGUAGCGCCUUCUGCGCCACAAGACGACAUUAUUUACCAAGCUCCUUCAGUUAAAUUAAUAGUUUAUGACAAGGAAAUUGGUACUGGUACGCUACAUGUAACUAGAAGCAACGUUGUGUGGAGUUCAGCUGCGUCACCAGCUCCAAGAAUCUCUCUCCUGUAUCCGACCAUCUCCUUCCACGGCAUCCAGAGACACCCGUCCCCUGCCCUGUGUGUGAUCAUGAAUUAUGAACUCAAGUCUGUGUUUCCCAACCUGGCUCCACAGCCCACCAGUAACGAGGAUAAUGAUGAUGACUACGAUCCUGAAGACCAGCCCAUCACUCAGUUGAGAUUCGUACCACAGAACACCAGCGACCUUGAAGCUCUCCACUCAGCUCUAGACGAGGGGCAGACGCUGCACCCCGACCCCGCCGACGAGGUUUACGACGAUGAGAAUUUCGAAGGAGACGUCUUCGACUCAGCUGCUGAUGUCUUAGAGGAGGUAAUGUUUGCCAACACGAUGAUGGUGACAAGACUGCAAAUAGAGGAACUGCAGCCCUCCAUAGAGGAUUAUCAAGGAGGAAUCGGGGCCAUUGUACACCAACUCUUCGCUAGCUAUGUUGAAGUCAAAUCAACCAGGCACAAAUUCUGGAAAUCACAUGAUGAUGAAGAAAGAGGAUGAACAAGAACAUUUUAAGUUGUAAAUAAUCUUAAAUACAUACAUAUAAAAAUAGCACCGCGCCUGUAUCCCCGAAGGGGUAGGCAUAGUGUUAUUUUUAUUUUAUUUUACAAUAAAAAUAAUACUAAUAAAAUUAGGAGGCGUCUGCAGGAAUCGGGGCCAAUGUGUUAUUUGAUUAACAUUAAAGAGUUUUUUAUUUAA